GGGCCAGUCAGUGCUUGUGCGAGCUUACUCGUGGGAUGAGUGAUGGCAGUGCCAACAACCAGGAUGAAAAUCAGCAGGAACACCAGAUGGGCAAGGAACUGGAAAUGGUGCCAUUUACAUAGAUUGUGCAAGAUCUUUUGGCCCUGCCAGGCAAAAUUUCAGUGUUCUCUCAGGUUAUAAUAAACAGAUUUACUCUAUGAGUACUGAAAAAUAUGAUUCCUUCUCUACUGCUGAAUGUACAGAGGUUGCUAUGCGCAAACAACAAACACUGGACAGGAUAGUUGAGGCCAUUCCACACAUUAAGUGGAUUGAUCUUACUGCCACCAAAGAUUGCCAAAUGUCAGUGGGUCAAGAAAGUGAGUUAUCAGAUGAGGGGCUCUCAGUGGAGACUGAAUCUAAAGACAAAGCCCCCCAUAAUGUGUUUCUUGUUCCACCACAGGAUCAUACAGGUGUUGUAAAGGAUUACAGCAAGCAAAACCCACCAAAAUAUGUCCUUGAUUCAGUCUUAGACCAGACUCCUCUUGAAAAUAAGAGAGACAUGCAGUUGAUACCCAAGAUGGAGUCUGAUAAUGUUGGGACUGAAGGUUGUGAAAUAACAACCAAAGCUACAGAUAUUGCAAACAGCUCAACCAAUGAUUUACUAGAGAUUAAGGCUGAACGACAAUCUACUUUUAAAAAAGGUUUCUGUGAUAAGCAACUGUCACCUGACAGAGUCAACCAUACAGACAAGGAGAUGUGGACUGAGAAUGAGACACAGGUUGUUAAUGUGUCGCAUACAAGAGGGAGUCAAAAGUUUGAGACACCUGUGAUGGACAUAAAUGCUACUGAUGCAAAGACAGAAAGUUUAGAAUAUAGUAAAGACUGCAUUGCAGACUAUAAAACACAAAUUUUGUGUCAUGAACGAGAGGAGAGAUUUGGAUGUUUGGAUAUUGGAUGGACUAUGGCAAUGUCAAGCGCAGGAGAUUACUUGGAACAAAAUGAUGAGGGUGAGGUAUUAGAUUUAAGCCUACCCAAAAAGAAUGAAAGAAAUAAGGAGAGGCAGUGUGAAUGGAUUGUGGAUCCCAACUAUGAAGGCUCACUUCAUAUGGAAGUUGAUGAAAUUGAGGAUGAGCCCCAACAUGUAGAAGUGGAGCAGGAAGAUGAUUAUGAAAACUGCUGGAUUCCAUCAAUAAGUGAAGCUCAUGCAUAUGUCCCACAGCAUUGGGAUGGACAUCUGCCCUCCCUCUCUUUGGCAACCUCGCCAACUCCCAUGUAUACCAACAUAACCCCUGAUCCGAUGGAUGCACUACUCAUAGAUGAUCAGGGUAUUCCUUACACACUCACCCCAGAUGGACAGAAAGUUCUGCAAAUUGAUGAUAUACAACACACCAAGGGCCUCUCUGAACAAACAGCUCUUAGCCCAAGGCAAGCAGAAGACAAGCCCUCUUCCAUUGCUGAUGUCCAGGAUAUUGCAGACUCCAAACAACAGACACAACCAAAUCCACUGUGUGCAAACCAUAAACCGUCUGUCUUACCUGCUCUGUCUGACUUGACAUCAGUUCCCAUUCAGAUUGUGGCUAAUACUACAGGGUCAAACACUCCUAUUCUUCUUCUUCCUCCAUCUCAGCUUCAAUCACUUUCCUCACCAGUCUCUAAGAGUGACCCAGGUGUAAUGACCCUUUCUUUACCAGUUCCUCUUAGUCAGAGCACUCAGUCCUCCCCCAUGUUCCUUGUUUUGUCAUCUCCACAGGUGUCCUCCACUCAGAGCUCAUCCUCACCAGGGAAAUUAUCUCAGAUUUCCUCCACUUCCACUGUUGCACUUCCCUUAGCUACUUGUCCACUUGACCUGGGAUCUACAUUAUAUUUACCUCCCUCACUUCUCAGUCUUAGCACAGUUUCCUCUGCUGCAACUACAGACAUCUCAGGACCAAAUAACCCCUCUAAUCUUCCUGGUAGCCCUACCUCUUCAACUGCUUCCUCCAGCUCUUCCACUGUGACCUCUACAAGUCCAACCAAGCAAUUCAGCAGUGAUGCCUACUCUGACCCACCAGUGCCCACUUCCUUUCGGGAGGCUCUUCUCAGAUUAGCUGUGUCUGCUGAGAAGAAAAAUGAAAACCAGCCUCAAAGCACUGAGACGCAUUCAGUCUCUACUCCUUCUUCAUGUUCCAAAGCAGCCAAGCCAGAUUCCAGGGUCCAUGAAAUUAAAAACCAUCAGACGGAGAUAAACUGUGACGAACAGUGUCAAGCCAUUGAGAAUGCGUCUACCUCAGUGGACCAAACAGGCUCAAUAGGAACCAUGUCCACCAAUGACCUUUCCCACCUUUCUUCCACCUCACCCCUUCGUCCUGCAUCACCCGAAUUACCCAUCAAUCACCCAAAGAACCAAGACUCGCAAGCAUUAGGUCCACGUCGCAUUCUUUACUGUCAGUACUGUCCGCGAGUCUUCUACUACCUUUCAGACCUUGAGCGGCAUUCCAUCACACACUCUCAAAACAAACCCCAUGUAUGCCAACUCUGUGGCAAGGCAUUCAAAAGAUCAAGCCAUCUUGAGCGACAUAAACACAUCCAUACAGGUCAGCGAAACUUUGUGUGUCAGCUUUGCCCAAGGCGUUUUCGUGAGUCUGGGGAGCUAAUGAGGCACCAGAGAGUACAUACGGGUGAGAAACCCUAUCAGUGCUUAAUAUGCCAUAUGCGUUUUGCAGAGCGCAACACACUGCGACGUCAUACAAAGCGCAAACACCAAGGCCAACAGCAGGUGAUGGACAUGAAUGCAAAGACAGAAAGUGGAGAGAUUUCCCUCAUAAAGGGAGAGCCAGAAGAUAACGCAGAGUGGUACAGUUCAACAGUUCCUGAAAUGGAGUCCAAUAGUGACACGGGGGGAGAAUGAACUAUAAGGGCAUGAGCAAAAACAUGUUUAAAGAGUUUCAAGGGAAGCAUUGCUGUAAAUAAAUGUAAUUUAUUCUGUAUUGAUAUAACAGUUCCUUACUUUACUGUUUUCACUACUCUCAUAUAGUCGUCUAUAUUCCAGUUUAAUCUUGACACCUUAACUGUUUAUGGCUGAACCCGGCAAUAUCUGCUUUAAUAAGCUUCAGAUAUUUACUAAAACAUCUUGAAUUACUUUAAAUGACCCCAAACAGCUACUUAUUUAUUGUUCUUUUUUUCAAAUAGAUUUUUUUGUUAAUUUACAGCAUCUUUCCAGAAAUUGUAUUUACUGAAUUCAGCACUCAGUUGUUAUGAAAACUCGAAAAGACUCAUGAAGACUUAGAGGUGGUGUUUUAACCCCUGCUGAUUAAUUCGGUAAUUACCAUGUAAAUAACAAAACAUGCUCAGACUGGACACUUUGGGCUGAUCUACAGUUCUGAUGCUUAAAUCAUGAAUUUACGUUUGAUUAAAAAUCUGAAUAUUUGCACAGUCUGCUUGUCACCCCCCUUCUCUUUUUCAGGGUUCCCCAUGCUUAAUUAAUGGUGUAAUUUACUUUGCUUUAGGCUCACUGCAGCAUAGAUACUGCAUCCUAUUGAAGUAUCCAACUGCUAAAAAUAUAAUUUAAUGGCUCUAUUUGGUUUGGACAGUUGUUUACAAAAAAUACUUUACAUUCAUAAUAUAUUUAGAUCGAUUCAGUGUUAUUUAUUGAGCUCAUUUCACAGGAGAAUUAUCACACAUAUAGAAACAAUUUUUGGAUCCUUAUUAUAAUUUUAAUAUAAAAAUAAUGAAAUCUUUUAUGUCUUUUUUUAACAAAAUAAGAGUAAUCUUGCAGCAAUGAGAACUAUUUAUUUAUGGUGGAAAUGUUUUAUAUUGGAAAUGGUGUGAAAUGUCAAAGAACACUUAUAUAUUGAAUAUACAAUUCAGAAACAAGACCACAGAUAUUAAACAGACUAAUUUCUGUAAUCUGUUUUAGAGGAUUUUGAUAAAACAAUUCAAAUCCAACUUUUUGCAAGCCAUCCAAUUUUCAGUUAAAAGGGGUUUUUAUUUUCUUGAGUAGUUUGCUGCUCUUAAAGGUUUAGACUAAUGUGAUAAGUGUAACAUUUCAUAUUCUUGAAUAAUAAUGCAUUGAUAAUGUUCCUGAUAACCAACUUCAUUUGUAGUAUUAUAUUUAAACUAUUGUUUUUUAUUUUUACAUAACUUUUUGUAACACGUUUAUAUUAAUAACUUUGUAAGUUUUACAGUAUGUGACACUUUAUGAGUGUACACUGUAAAAUCUGUUUAGAAAAUAUAUGGCUUUAAAAUGCUCCAUAUGAAUGGUUCAUGUAGAAAUGAUAAAUCAGAUUUUAAGUUUACAUGCAUGUAUUUACUGCCUCCUUUAACUUUGCAAGCUGUGCUAGACAGGAGUGCCUGUGUAUGUGUGAGUGACAGCUCAGAUGUGCCUUUGGUCUGUGUUCCAUUUGGCAGCAUUAAAUAGAGUGGCUCCUCCAAUCAAGCCGACAGCAGGUGUCUACAGUAAGUGUUGAGUAUAAUGUGUGUGUGUGUGUAAGAGAGAGAGAGACUAAAAAAUGUAGAAAACUUGUGUCUGUAAGACUACAUUCUUGGUAUAAUGCAGAUCACAUUAAUAUACUUGCCAUUUAUGUGAUGCACAGUGGACAAAUUACAUUAAUGGUAAGGUCCUGUGCAGCUGUGAAGACACAUGCAAAGUUAUGCCUCUUAUUUACCCACAGCAGUUGAAUAUAGUAUGUUAUAGUUGCUACAGAUUUGACAUUUUAAAUUAUCUUUUAAGAGUUGUAUUUUAAAAUUUUGUGUGAAUGUACCUUCAUUCCAUCAGGAACAAGAAUGGAAUCCUGGACAAUCAGGCACCCUUCACAUGGAAGGGUAGUAGCUUGGCGGGUGUGUACAGUUUAAAAAGUCAAAACAAUGUUUCUAGGCCCAGUUCAGAAAAUCUGAUUUUCAAUGGGUUCCUGUCCCACAGGCAAAAAAGAAGAAAACAAAAAGGAAGAAUAAUAAAAGAGAAAAGAUAAAAAAAAUAAAUAAAUAAAUGAAUAAAUAUAUAC